AUGAAUAACGUGAAAAGAGUAAAGCUAAAUUCCAAGAUGGCCAAGCAAAUAUGCACACAUUCCGGAUCAUUUCACGCAGACGAGUCGUUGGCGGUAUACAUGCUAAGGCUGCUACCCGAAUUUAAAGAUGCUAAAUUGGUUAGAUCAAGAAACCCUCAGGACUGGGAUGCUAGUGACAUUCUAGUAGAUGUCGGUGCUCAAUAUGAUGGCGUAAAAUAUUUUGACCAUCACCAACGUGGAUUUUUCGAGACUUUCAAUGAGAAAUACAAGACUAAACUCUCAAGUGCUGGUCUGAUCUUUAAACACUACGGUCGCGACAUUAUCAAAACGAUUUUGAACAACAAACCUAGCAACUCUGAUUUGGAUCUACUGUAUGACAAGGUAUACAAACAAUUUGUCGAGGCACUGGAUGCAAACGACAACGGUAUCAGCAAGUACACGAUUCCUAAGGAUUCAGACUUGGAACCCAAUUUUAGGGAUAACGCCAUCAGCAUUCCCGGGAUCAUUUCAGGUAUGAAUCCUAACUGGAACGAGGACACCUCCGACGGCGCUUUCGACAAAUGCUUUGCUCGUGCAAGCGAGUUUAUCGGUGGAGUCUUUGUCACAUUGGUAAAAGGCUACGGUGAAUCGUGGUUGCCAGCCAAGGCCCUUGUAGCGCAAGCAAUUGAUGGAAGAUUGAAUGUUGAUAAGAGCGGCAAGAUUAUUGUCCUUCCCCAGUUCUGUCCAUGGAAGGAGCAUCUAUACGAGCUAGAAAGAGAGAAGAACAUCGAAAAGAAAAUCGAGUUUGUUCUCUUCACCGACUCUUCAGGUGCCUGGAGGGUGUCUACUGUGCCCAUCAACUCCACCUCCUUCCAGUUUAGAAGAGGUUUGCCGGAGCCACUAAGAGGUCUUAGAGACGAGGAGUUGAGCACCAAGAGCGGUGUGCCAGGAUGUAUCUUCAUCCAUGCGGCAGGUUUUAUCGGUGGUGCCAAGACCAAAGAGGCCGUAUACGAACUGGCUAAAAUGUCUUUGGCCUAG